GGAGUGAGUGGGAGUCAUAUGAGCUGGCUUUGUUUACCUCAAACCGCUUCAGUUUUGGGUGAUUCAGGUCAGCCACGAUGCUGCUGAAAACAAAUUGUGCACUUUGGGCCAUUUCAAGUGUAAUUUCUGCCGCCGUCUUCUUGAAGAAGGAUGAUGCGCACCUGGUGCUUGACAGAGCAAGGCGCGCCAACAGCGGCUACUUCGAGGAGUUGUUUCAGGGCAACAUCGAGCGCGAGUGUUUCGAGCAAAUUUGUAACUAUGAAGAGGCUCGGGAAGUUUUCGAGGACGACGCCCAAACGAAAAGGUUUUGGUUGACAUACACGGGUCAGGAUCCCUGCCUGGUCAACCCAUGCAAAAACAAUGGAUCUUGUGUUUACAUGGAUGACUCUUACACAUGUCAGUGUCUGGGAGGCUAUGAAGGAAAAUACUGUCAGACAGGUAGGAAGAGAUUUCUUAGCUGCCAUUUUUAUACCAAUAGUUUACACCGGUGUUUCCAAGUUGGCACCCCGCCAGCCCCCUCCUCACGCUUCCUCCACAGGCUAGCCGUGCCCAUCCUGCCCAACUCUGAGUGCACCCUCAAGAGCGGCUUCAACUUUACCCAGAACAUGCUGUGUGCCGGCUACAUGAAGGGGAACCAGGCGGCCUGUAGGGGGUACGGCGGGAGCCCCCUGGUCACUUACUACGGGACCACCCACUUCCUGAUGGGCGUGGUGGGCUGGGGGAAGGGCUGCCCCAAACAGGGUUUCUAUGGCGUCUACACUACCGUAGCCAACUACCUGGACUGGGCUGAGGAGGUGAUGAAUACUCCUUCAGUCAGAGCCCCGGUGCCUUCAGUCAGUGCCCCGGUGAUGCCAUUCCUGCUAGAGAUGGCAUUAGAUGAGGUUCAGAUUCAGCAGGCUACGGAGAAGUUAUUGCCACCACCUCCCAAUGUGCAGAGCAUUGGCUAACUCCCAUUAAAUUUGUCACCAGUCACCACACAACACCAAUUGUCAUUACAGUGAAUCUAUUGUCACAUAACAUUACUAGAUAUUUUUAUAUUACAUGGAAGCUACAGUAUAUCAUGCUAAUGGUGUAGCAUAUCGUCCUGUUUCAUCACUUUGUAAGCAGACAUCUUUUCACUCUGCUAUUCUUUUCAUUUGACUCUUAAUGUGAAGUGUAUAUUUCAAGUGGUGAUUUGGAUGACCUGAUGCCAUACAGAAUGUUUGACCUGAUGCCAUACAGAAUGUUUGAACUGAUGCCAUACAGAAUGUUUGACCUGAUGCCAUACAGAAUGUUUGACCUGAUGCCAUACAGAAUGUUUGACCUGACGCCAUACAGAAUGUUUGA